GCUGGGGGCGGGGCGGGGGCCGGUGUAUCCUCUGUACCUAGUUGUGCCCCUGGCGCCGCCCGGUCAUCGCGCAGGUCGCUGGCGCCAUGAAGAUCUGGACAUCGGAGCACGUCUUUGACCACCCAUGGGAAACUGUUACAACAGCUGCAAUGCAGAAAUACCCAAACCCUAUGAACCCAAGUGUGGUUGGAGUUGAUGUGUUGGACAGACAUAUAGAUCCCUCUGGAAAGUUGCACAGCCACAGACUUCUCAGCACAGAGUGGGGACUGCCUUCCAUCGUGAAGUCUCUUAUUGGUGCAGCAAGAACAAAAACGUAUGUGCAAGAACAUUCUGUAGUUGAUCCUGUACAGAAAACAAUGGAACUUAAAUCUACUAAUAUUUCAUUUACAAAUAUGGUUUCAAUAGAUGAGAGACUUAUAUACAAACCACAUCCUCAGGACCCAGAAAAAACUGUUUUGACUCAAGAAGCUAUAAUCACUGUGAAAGGAGUUAGCCUCAGCAGUUACCUUGAAGGAUUGAUGGCAAGUAUGAUAUCCUCCAAUGCUAGUAAAGGCCGAGAAGCAAUGGAAUGGGUAAUACACAAAUUAAAUGCUGAGAUUGAAGAACUUACAGCCUCAGCAAGAGGAAGCAUACGGACUCCAAUGGCUGCAGCAGCAUUUGCAGAGAAGUGAUAGUGAAAGUUGGUAGGCAACGUCGGGUACUCCAGUUCUCUCCAAGCUGACUAUGUAUUUAUUUGUUAUUUAAAAAAUUCAACUAUAUUUUAGGUAAUUUUUUUUUAAGUUGGUAUAAGGCUAUGACUUGAUCAAAACAGAUGCAGGGCCUGUAAAUAAAAGGAAUCAUCUGAAAUUAAUGUUGUUUGAAAUUAACUGUCUCAUUUUGAGGGUUCCAGUAUUUCUGUGAAAAUUCAACAAGAAUUCCUUGGAAAUGAGUAUUGAUAUUGAAUCUUCUUAAGGUAGGAUUUUCAAGUUUUUCAUACACUGGAACUCCACGUGACUUUGGACCAACCCCAGAACAAAGCAGAGCCCAGUGCCCUGCCUACUGUACACUUGAACAGCUUGCACAAGGGAACUCACCUAAAAGGAGAAAUUGUGUAGUUUUAAAAUAUAUUUUGUGUAAAAUAACUUGCUCUGCUAUAAACCACCAUUAAAAACCAAUGUUUUGAUUUGGUACUUAAUAUUUUUGGAGUGAAAAUUAUCACUAAAGUAACAUGACUCCAACAGAAGUAUGGUUUCAUUAUAUUAAAGAGUACUGUAUUGAUUUGCCAAAGUUUUGUAACUUAGUAAAGGUAUUAACUUCCUUGGAUUUGUACUUUAUGAUUUAGUAUGCUGUACCGUGGGCUGGUUAUGUUAACUGAAAAAAAUAAAGUCAUUACCUGAG